GACAUCGUUCCCAAGAGCCAUCAGUACUAGCUUUGAGGUAUUCUACUCUACCAACAUCGCCACGAACAGCGAGCAUACAUGACGCAAAGGUAAACAUGAUCAUUUGUUAGAAUAUGUUUAGCUAUUGCUAUUUGUUCAUUCCGCCUUUUCAGUGGUCGCCAGGGCUAAUGCCAGUGAUCUAUUAUUACACAUUGCCAUUGGACCUGUCGAAAACCACAGUAUGUGGCUGAGAGCUUAUGAAAAUAAAUAAAUAAUUUUUGGUCAAUGAACGUCUUAUAUUAUUAUUCUAAUUCCUGAUUGUUCAACAGUCCCUGGCUAAUUCUCGACAUCAGCUACUUAUGAAAUCAACGUGCAAUUUUUGACCGAACUUCCGGCUGUAUAGAGCCCUAUUCCCAUGCGCGCGGUCGGUAGCUUAAUCUACUGUAUGAAGAGCCCGCGAAAUUUUAAUUGGUUUCUUCCAAACUGUUGCAAAAUGCGUAUCACCUGCAAUGUGCUUAGUCUAUUAAUGGAAUUCCUCUGACCAAAAGAAAAGUUUAGCUAAGGAGGAAGUCGAAGCCUACCUUACUACUGUAUACUUAUUCUAGUGUACAGCUUCACACUCCAGGAUAGAGAUUCCAGUGAAAGUGUCCUUUGCCGAGCUCCUCUCCCUUACCCUGCAGUGAUCGAUCCCUAGUCCGUGUUCUAGUGUGAUCUGUCGCUGUACUAUAUAUGCCACUAUAGUGCGAAUAACGUGCAUACAACUGAGUAGAACGACAUUCCAGGGUGAUCUGUUUAUAUAUGUGCACAAUAUCGUACGAAUCAUGGAGGGCAUACUGUUCUGUUGCUCAAAAAUUUCUUCUCUGAUUUUAUCUUUAUGCAGGAAACUGUUCCACCAGUUGAGACAUCCGACACAGGUUCAGGAAAAUACGUUUUUAUUCCACAGAAGGAUGACGCAGUAAAACAGAGGUAAAUUGAGUGUAUACUUGUAGAGUACAACCAAUGAUAAUUAAUCAAUGACAAAGUCAGUCAAUUAUACUUACUUUAGAUAGACCACAGUGAGUAUUUUAAAAGAUUAAUAACUAUUUAAUUUAAGAGAUAUUUGAUUUAUGUGUUCCAGGUUUCGACUACGCUACAGUCCAUGUUCUGAUGCGUAUCACAGAGAGCUGGAGGAUUGUGUUCUCACGAGGGUUGGAGGAAAUGUACGUGGCUGGGAGAGAGGAGUUUAUUCCUUUGAAUCUGUCCAGAGAGUUGUGGAUACCAAAAAUAAUUUGGUUAGUGUUAUUAUUUUCUACAAAUCCUUAAUUGUUUCAGGAAUGAUAUAUAGAGGAUAUCAUAUACACGACGGCGCGAAGAUAUGACUUUUAUCUUCGAGUGGUGAAAACAAUAUUUACGAACGAGCGCAGCGAGUGAGUAAAAUACUAUUUUUAACACGAGAAGAUAAAAUUCAUAUCUUCAAGCCACCGUGUAACGUUCUGUUUAUUAUAUAGUCCCAAGCAAAAAAUUGUGAAAUUUCACGCUCAAAAGCAAAUUGGAAAAAAUAUGGGCGGGAAAUGGGUCAAGAUCCCUCUUCAGGAGCCUCUACGAAUCUUCAUUAGUUUUUAUAACCUUACAAAAGGUAUUUUUCUUUCUAGGUAUACUUGGAACGUACACCGGGAAGUAACACAGGAAUACUGACCUGGAAAGUGGAUUUUACACCUUGUGGUUUGGUAGUAGAUCAAGUUUCGAUUAAAGUUGAAAGUCGUCAUUUAAAUGGAGGAGAUGUUCUGGUUAUGUUGGCAAGUGGUGACACCAAGAAAACAAUAUCUCAUAUGGAAGGUAAGUCCACAGUUGUAGUUGAGCACUAUGAUAAACGUUUUACUCCUUGUUUUUUAGAAACGAUUAAAAAAAUUUUUACGCAACAUUUUUUAAGGUAAUUCCGCAGUUUUGCAUUGCGCACUUUUACUGCUGCGCACAUCUUAUAACUUAUAAUUCCAUCCAUUAUACGUACCGUUUAUGACAAUUUUAUGUUACUUCAAAACAUCUUUGGUUACAUUCGUGCAAAGAAUUUCGUUAAAAUCAAUGUUUUCAAAAAAGGCAUACAAAAGUGUAGCUAGGGUUCCUGUGUCUGUAGUAUAUUUAUUUACUUGUAUUUCACGUUAAUGCCACAAUUCCCUAAAAAGAUCGGUGACCCCCGUUUUUUAACUGCUAAUUUAUUUCUUUAAAGCAUUUUACAUUUCAUAUCCGAAAUUAAAAGAAAAAUCAUUUCUGGACCUUGAAAAAAAUGCUUUAUCAAUGCAUGUUCUCAAAGAAAGAUAUGCAAGGAAAUGUGGAAAAGACAUUUGUAGUUUCAUUUUGCUCAAAACACAAUAUUUUUUCAAAAAUAAUUACAAGAUAGGUUUACUAAAGCAAAAUCCGCGCUAAAAACGUCAAUAAAUAUCGGGCUGUUGUGAUUUUGCUGUUACUCGUAAUGAGGGCGCCAUAUUGGGGUAAAGGUGGUAUAUUGUGAUUGUCAUAUCUUCUUAACGAGUUCGGUGACCCCGACUUUUUUGUGUGAUUUUACUUUAAGUAUAUCAUAAACUCAUACUCACAUCAUUGGAGCAGGAGAACCUCUAGAUUAAGAUUGCCAAGGGGGUGGUGGUCAAGCUAAGUGCAUAUUGUUCAACGAGUUGAGUCCAAGUGGUCUAGAGCGAGACCACUCUAUGGUAAACUGAAACAGUAUAAGGCUGCCCUAGACCAGACUGAGCAUGUAAGCAGGUCAGAGGAAAAGGUGAGCCUCUAAAUAACAGGGCAAUAGGCAGACCUUGGUAACGGGUACUCAACUAUGACCGGACUGAUCUGACCAGUCUCUAAAUCAAGUCAUUCAGCUCGAACUCGCGACCUGAAUGACCUGUGAAUACACUCGUCCCAAAGGGCGGCAGUUCUCUGCUAUUAUUUACUUAAUUCAUUUCUUCAAACGAUUUAGUUAAAUUGCUCACAUGUUAAAUUAUCAUUGUUCAAUGCUCGGUUCUAUCAAGGUAAUUCAACCUUCUCCAAGCUAACCUAAGCAUAUUAUAUACUUCAUCGACCGCAAUUUAUUACAAGCGUUGCAUAAAUUGAAAAUUUGAUAACACAACAUAUACUUCCCGUUAUUCUGUAAUUUUAUUUUACGUUUAGGUCUUGGGCUUGUGGACGUUAAAGAGUUCCAAAACGCCAAGAAUUUAGUUCUAUCAAUCCAUUUAAUUGGAGAAACCCCUGAACAGCAAACAAGACUUUUUGAAAAGAAUAUUUUAAGUAAAGAUGAGUUUCCAUUAGACCUUAAUGUGGCACUUAAAGUAAGUAUACUCUUAUCUGGCCUAAACCUAGGACCUUCUAUAUCUAUAUUUCAGCGCUUUUUCACGCGAGAAGACUGGAAUUGGGGCAAUUUGGGGGCGUCAUGAAGUCGAGUAACCUGCAAUGAUUGGAUGUUAAUUAACAAUCAACCAUGUUGAUUUGACCAUUAAGAAAAGAAGUUUAUUAACUAAUAACCAAUUAAUGUAGUAGAAAAUCAAACCUCUGGUUUUACAUUUUCACAUCUGCAUCAGUACAAUUACAAAUCAGUAUUGUAUAGUAAGAAUUCACCAUUUCGGUGAUUUAGCCAAUCACAUCCCUCUCAGAAGUAUCUCACCAAAAUUAAAAGAUACUUCAAGCACUCAUUAAUAAUUCAUAAGCUAAUUGGCAAAUCAUGUCAACCAUAAUAUAUCACGUGCAGUGGCUUUAAACCUGAUAAAACACUCCUGCUCGUUUAUUAAACAGUACUUAAACUACGGUUUAUCAGUAGAAAAUAUUACGUAUCGUGAAACUGUUUUUGUUUUUGUCGUUCUCACUCUUGUCGAAUCUAGUAUGCAACAGGUUUACGAACUGUAGGAAUAUUGACUGAUCCAAAAAGUCAAUUUUUAUGACAAAAUUUAAAAGUAGAGUGCGUGAGGUCAUAAAUUGAGAUAUUCAAACAUCUUUCCUAAAGAAAUACAAUUGGGAUGUAGUAGCAGCUUCCAAAACUAGAGUAUAGAAAUACUAUUUUUGAAUAUUUCUACUUUUUAGCCUCCCACCGAAAUGUACAACAAGCCAAUCAUCCUGCUUGGUUUGAUGUUCAGCAACAGUCAAGAAACUUUAGUAGAUCGUCGUCACUAUCGUAGUCAUUCAAACAGUGCUGGCAGAGGGUUUCUCCAUAUCAAUAUUGUUCAAGGAAAACAGAUCACACGUACGAAAGAUGGUCUCCCUGAUCCGCAAGUUAAAUGGUAAGUUACUUGCACCAUCAUGAGAACUAACAGUAGUGGGCACUAAUGGUGGGGCAAGAGCGGGUCAACCAUGAAUAACCUCUAAAAAGCUUUGAACGAUUGCUGAUUAAUACCUUUGUAAAAAAGUUGCAACAAUGAUUUUACAACCAUAUUAGUUAUUAGUUAAGCCUGUGUUCAUUAUGAAGAAGAUAAGUCUUAUCUGGAACAUGGGAUAAUUUCCAUCACAAAAUACUUCUUUAUGUAAUACACUUGUAGUAACGAAUUAGAAGAACAUGUCAUUUCAAAAAUAGCAUAUAGGGCUGGUCCCUUAUGUAAUAAACUAUCUUACACUUCCCUUUCACGUUACAUAUUUUGCUUUUGUCAUUUUCUAGCUACCUCUUACCAGAUGAGAAAAACAUCAAAAGCUGCAAAACAAAACGAGUUCAAAAAUCCUCUUCUCCAAUAUGGGACGAAUACUUCGUCAUCGACGGUGUUGCACAAUCACAGUUACGCAAACAACAGUUGGGUGUCCGCGUGGUUAACUGGCAUCUUGGUAUAAAUAAGAAGAACUCCUUAUUAGGAGAACUACGGAUUGGAUGUAGCAAUGUGUUUGACUUCCACUCCCUGGCAAGCCCUAUUAUUACUUCCCCUUCUGAAAGACCAGUGAAUGAACGUGUUGUAUAUUCCCCGUUGGUGCGGGGUGAUAUUUCACGAGCCGGUAGGAAUGGAAGACCAAUGUCAGAUAUUGGAACAGAGACAAGAGGAUUGCAGUCUCCUAAUAAUUAUAAUCGAAACAGUCGAGCAAGUACAACAAGAUUUGACCAAGAUUCAGACGAUGAUACGUGGACAGAUGCUGGUGAGACAUCAGGCUGUCGCGAGGGACAUGAAAAUUCAAAUGACAUUAGCAUACAUGUUUCCAAGUUUGAUCAAGAUACAGAUAGUGUUAUAGUUAAUGGAACAAACAACAACAGCAGCAGCAGCAAGAACAACAACAAUAACAUCACCAACAACAACAACAACAACAACGGAGAAAACUCUUUGAAAGAACCCAAAGUAAAACCACCUCGGCCGCCUCCUCCCACUCGACUAAAUUUGACUGAUGUUCAACAUUCUCCCAAUGAAAGUCUUUCACCCAGGCAUUACCAGAGUAACCCGCACACACCUGAUCCAGCUCGCAAGGCUUUCACCCCGACAUUUUCUCGUUUGAUGGCAAACCUACCAAUGUCACCAAAACGAGGCCGCAGAUUAAGCUGGGGAGGAGAAAGUGAUCUAAGUCUUCUGAGUCCACGUAGUAUGAAGUCGCCCGCUGACCAUCAAAGUAUGCUGUCCGACCAGUGGGACAUUAUGAUAAGUAGACCAAAGCAGUGGAUUUAUUGUUGGCAGACGCUGGUUGUAAGUGUUUCUGAAUAACACAGCUCCGUGACGUAUAUAUUGUAUAAGAAAGGUUACAGUAUAAGGAAACUUUUAAGCAUUCAGGACCCAAAGACCACGAUUUCUACAUAAACUCCGCCUUUAAGAUCGAUGGAAAGGAUUCUUGUUUUGUGUUACAGAAUGUACUAUACGAGUUUAUUCAGAUAAAACUGUGGUACUGUGGUAUAGGAUAAAUCAAGAUGCACGUUUCUAAGAAUAUGUGUCUUAACGCGUAACAGAAUCGUGACAACAUAUUUUGCUAUGAAUCUCUGUGAUCAAUCCAUUGUGUUUCACAACUGUUGAUGUUUUCAUUUUUUGCUUAAAUCUCUAUUUUAAGUUUAGUGUAUAUUCAAAAUUUGACUGUGCUUGAGUUUUGAGAGAAGCAUGCAUUCUAAAAUUAUUGAUCUUUUAACGUGAUUACUGGCUAAUAAUAAAAUGAAC